AUGAGUACGCUCGCCACCGCCGACCUCGGCCCCUCGGACGAUGAGGACGACACUGACUUUGUCCUCGCCCCUCCCAAACCCAAGGUGAAGGGCAAGCGGCUGCGUGGCUUGUCUGGCUCCGACACGAGCGAUUCAGAAGAAGAAGGCGAAGACGACGCCAACCCCAAGGCAGAAGCGCUCGAUGCUGAAGCCAAAGCACGGAGUGCGCGCGCAGCAGCGGCGUUCGCGGAAAUGAAGGCCGAAGCUUGGGCGCCGAGGAAGGUUGAGACGAAAGAAGAGGAGAUGGUCAAAGUCCAGCGUCCCCGCCGUUUUGCCGGCGAGACGAUCUACGAAACGGUCAUGUUGCGCAAGAGUGAUCCCGAGGUGGCCAAGUUGCUAGCCCUGCAACGCGAGCGUGAAGCCACUGAGAGCGGGUCGUCCGCGUCGGCGAGUCCCGCGCCUGGGCCACGGCGGCGUAAGCGUCCACGACAGAGCCUUGAGGCGCUUGCGGCCGCGUUGGAUGGCGGAAAGAAGAUGACGACCCUCGAAAAGUCGCAGAUGGACUGGACGAGCCACCUGUCCAAGUCGAAGGGCUUGUCGGACGAGCUUGCAGCCAACCGCAAGUCGGGCGGAUACCUUGAGAAGCAGGCGUUCCUCGACCGCGUGGGCGAGCGGCGCGAGGCUGGGCAGGAGGCGGCUCAGAGUUCCCGACGGCGGUAG